UGUGUCAGCAACUGCGGUCCCAAGUGGAGAGAUCCUCCUCGUCUCAAUAAAUCGUUUUUCUUGAGUGCCGCACCAAUUGCUCCUCCUGCAGUGCAUGUACGUACGUUCUGUACGUUCGAGCAUAUGUCGAUCGAGAGCCAAAGCGAUUGGAUGUCGAAGUCCAGUGCUUCAAUACUCUCAGGAGAAACAGACUUGCAAGCAACAGUCGUGUAAGCAAAUCACUCUGUUAUUGAUAAUGAUCAUCCGUGGUCGACUCCCGAUCCAAGUUCGAUCGCUGGAAGUAAGAAAAAGCCAACUUAAAAGUUGAGUUGUGUGAGUCAACCUCGUUCUCCUCGUCGUCGUCGUCGUCCUCCUCCUCCUCCUCUUCGGUCUCCUCCACAUCCUCGUUCUCCAUUUGGCUCUCUCCUCCUUUGGGAUUGCACAAAACGAAGAGCCACUUUUCACUCGAGCUUAGUGUAGAGUGGCAACUGAAUGGCAAAUCUUCGGAAUCUGGGCCAAGAUUGGGCAAGAUUUGAUUUUCUUCAACUCUAUGAACCCCAAUGAAUGCGUGUUCCAUAUACGACAACCAACUUCAGUGUCCACAUCCGAUCGAUUGUUGAACCGCUCAUCUGAUCUAUUUGGGCGUCAGAAUUCCGUGUUGACUCUCCUGAAUUUCAGUGUGAUGUGGGAGGCGUGGCUUGAGUGCCCUAAAACGCCCACUUCACCACGUGGAAGGCACAGGUCAUGAUCAGUGGCCAAGUGUGCAUGGCCGGAAGGCUUCAUCCAACAGUUCAGAGCAAACGCACAAAUUUGCCGGGCCAUUGGACCAAGUGGACGGCACCGGCAGUGAUCCCCAAGAUCACGGGCAGUUGCUUUUUCGCCGUUUGUCUUGUUGCUCUGUUCUUUCCCGCCGGGGGCCACACCAAGGCCUUGGCCAAGAGGCCGCCUUCCUUUGAUUUUUCCAGGCCAAUCAUCACCCCCAAAAUGAUGUCCAGCUUGUCCUCCCCUACCAAUGAUUGCUUCAAAAUCAAUUCCAGUACGCCUUUGGCAGAGCUGAAUGGCUUUUUCAAGAAAUACCCGACAGGCAAUCUCGUACAAAUCAAGAGUGGCAAGAACAAACAAAAAACCCUGAGUGUGAACCCAAUGUCAUAUGAGGUCGUUUGGACUGGCAAGGACCCGAAAAAUAAUGCAAGUAAGAGUACUUUCGAACAUCAAGGCACCCUUACAAGCCCGGUAAUCUCAUUGAAAAUGUCUUCUCUUGUCGGCACCUCUGCAUUGAUCGUCAUGGGAAGGUAUACGCGAUAUUGGACAUCAUCAGCUUUUUCGGUGUGGACUGUCAUUGGGAACAUUCGCCGAAAGUCCAAGUACAAUCUCCGAGCCUUUAUCUUGUCUGCAAGUUCUCAGAAAUGGAUUCUUCUUGAACAGACGUCUGGCAAGAGAGUCUUAUCUUUAAAUCUAAAUGCACUUGGAAAGAGAGCUUUUGGAUCGAUUGCAAGAAAUCCUCAGCCAACAUCAAUGAUGACGACGAAUGCCGUUUUAAAAUGACCUUCCGUAACACUGCUGGAACCAUUGCGGAACACAAAGCCUUGGCCAGCCUGCUAUAUUCCAACGAAACCCACACGCUUUUACUCGACCGUAGGGGAAAAGGUCAAGCCCGCUACGUCGAAAUCGGUAAAGAAGACAAGAACCAUCUCAUGAUCAUAUUCCCACUCAACAAGACAGUUGUUCUGGAGGAGGCUACAACUCACUAUGGCACAUCUUCCAAGUCGUCGUCGGCCUUGCGAGAUCAAGCCAAGCGUCGCCGAAAGUCGAGGCGAAGAAAGUGCCGCCAGUCCGUGAGUGCGUUGAAACCUAGUUGGAGUGUCAAUCGAGUGAAAGGAAAAUGCCGCAAGAAGGAAUUCAUACGCAAGUGCCGCAAAAAGCAAUUACAGAAACGGCCAAAGCGAAGGCAUAGACGACGUCGUGAAAGGAGAAGUUGUUCCAAGAAAUACAGGGCCCAGCGAAAGAAAAGGCGCAACAAGGAGCAAGCCAGAUAGCCAGAUGAGGCCCAGAAUCGAUUGGGUUUACAAGUGAUGUCUUUCAAUUGGGCAAGCGUAGCUGGUUAAGCUGUAUCAUCUUUCCAAAGUCAUUCAAAUCGCUAGCUCAUAGUGCUAUCUAUUAUGUCAAGUCUUGGUCUGAAUAAUUCCAGCUACAAUGUUUAUUAAUUUGCUCACAUCAUUAAUGUCAUUGCAACAAUCAGAUAUUCGAUAUUCGCCAAAAGCGCCUUUAAAUGUAACUUCCAUCCACGAAACAACAUUGGGUUUUCAUAAAUUGGUAUAGAGAAAUACAUGGAAACAAUUUGGACGUGUGCA